AAGCUUCGGAUGAUUUGGGAAAUUUUAGCCGGUUAAAGUAACUCAUCGGAAUCCGCAGAAUCCUUUAUAAGUAGAAAGUCGUGUAUAUAAUUUUUCUGCUGAUAUUAUAGUCCACGUAGUCGUGUGCCGUACAGCGAUAAUUUAGUUGAAUAUGAGUAUCCUGUCAUAUAAUGGUGGCGAUGUGAUCGCAAUGAAGGGGAAGAAUUGUGUUGCCAUUGCUUGUGACAGACGCUUCGGUAUCCAAGCACAGACAGUCGCCACAGAUUUCGACAAAAUUUUUAAAAUGGGUGAAAGAUUGUAUGUUGGUCUCCCUGGUCUUGCAACGGACACACAAACAGUAUCUCAACGGUUAAAGUACCGUCUCAAUCUGUACACACUGAGAGAAAACAGAGAAAUAAAACCGAAGACGUUCAUGAGUGUUGUUUCAAAUCUACUGUAUGAACGAAGGUUUGGCCCAUACUUUGUUGAACCUGUGAUAGCGGGUUUGGAUCCGAUCACUGCAGAGCCAUUUGUCUGCUCCCUGGACCUCAUCGGUUGUCCUAUGAUCACAGACGACUUUGUUGUGAGUGGCACAGCAUCCGAACAGAUGUAUGGAAUGUGUGAGACAUUGUGGACACCAGACUUGAGUCCAGAUGAUUUGUUUGAGACGAUAUCACAAGCAUUACUAAAUGCAGUUGAUCGCGAUGCUGUAUCAGGAUGGGGAGCCAAGGUUUUUGUUAUUGAAAAGGACAAGGUUACUGUAAGAACACUCAAAACCAGGAUGGAUUGAGAGCUUCUAAUCAUCAAAGGCAACGUUAAUUUUCUACCCCUUGUGAGGGAAAACAAUGGGCCCCGUGAAGAGUUGCUGGUAGUUUAUUCUCUUUCACAUCUAAUAUUGAAUGUUCUUUCCACUGGUCUUCACAUACAGUUGUCUACUUCCAUUAGACAUUUGCAAAAAUUUAUCUCAUGUUGUCGUUAUACUACUUGAGGUAAUUCUGCAGUUGUAAGUUUCAUAUCGUAAUGCAAUGUGUUUACAGUUUAUUCGCGAGAAGUCCGAUGUAAGUUUAAUAGGAUAUAGGCUGAACAAGGUCACAGUUUAAAUGUGUACUUUAAAUGGCAAUUUGAACCUAAAUCAGUAUAUUUAUUAGUCAUUGACAAACAAAAUUGUAACAAACUUAAAAGCAGUAUUCAGAAAGCAAUGUAUUACGAUCAGGCAUGUCAGAUAGUUGUAUGUUUUACUGUGUUCUUAUCGUGAUAAUGCCCUAAUAUACAUCUUGACAAAACAACAACCUGUAUUUAUGAAAAUGGCAACUGCUCUUGUGAUUUGAAAUAUCUGGUGAAAUUUAUAAAUAACCCUCAAACCAUAAUCUUGUACAAGAAGGUUUUUUAUUUCACCUUUAUCAAAUCAGAUUGUGUCAACUUGCCCAGUAAAGAGUAUGGAUUUAUAAUAAAUGCAAGCACGUUAUGUGUGGUCAUCGUGCAUAG